CGAGGUGGCAGCCAUUACUGUUUUACAACAGAGUCACAAGUUUAAUGAUGGACCCCCGUACCAGUGCCCAGGACGUGAUGCGAUGUGACCUGUGUGAGACCGCUGUGGUACAGAUGUACUGUGAUACAUGUCUUGUCAACCUGUGUAAGGCCUGUGUGGGAGAACACGUCUCUGAUGAUCUCUCAAAACCUCAUAAAAUUGUGGACUUUAGAGAUAGAAAAUCCACUCCCCUCUACCCUUCAUGUAAAACUCAUGAUAAAGAACAUUGCACAAUGUACUGUAAUCAAUGUGACAUUCCUGUUUGCCCUACGUGCAUUGGAUCUGAUAAACAUCUUGGUCAUAAGGUAUCAGAAAUAUUGAAAGCUGUGGAUGGAAAAAAGAAUAUAAUCAUGAAAGAACAGACAGAAUUAAAUGAUACAAUUUAUCCCAACUACCAGGACAUUGCCUCUGAUGUACAAAUCAGAAUGAGUCAGUUACAAAAGGAAUAUGGAGAUCUCUCAACAGCCAUAACAAAACAUGGAGAGGCCUGGCACAGAGAAAUUGACAACAUUGUCCAGAAACUUAAAGCUGAAGCUGAUGAGAUGAAAAGCUCACAGUUACAAACUCUACAGAAACAGCUGGAUGAAAUAAACAAGACAAUGUCUGACAUCAAGGAAGAAAUUGAUUCAAUGGAAACUGUAAUAGACACCAAUGACUUGUCAAAACUGUUUAGUGUCACGUCUAAUGUACACACAUACAGAAAUCUUCCACACAAAAUUAUAGCAGCUUUAUCUAAAUUUAUUCCAGGAAAAAUACAAGGUGAAGAAAUCAGUAAAUUGUUUGGAGUUUUAUCAUCAAGUUCUUUAACAUCAGAUAAACAUGGCUACAGCAUGAAGACAACACAGAAAUCACCAGAAGCUGGAUCCUCCCCUUCAGUCAAACAGCUGCUUGAUGAACCAGAGACUGUCACCACCAUAGACACUGGGUAUAAAGAACUUUACAAUGUGGCCUGUCUGAGUGAUGAAGAAAUCUGGACAAGUGGACGUGACAACACCAUGGAACUUUACAGCAUCAAUCAGGGAUCACUACUCAAGUCAAUCACAACCAAGUUGGGGAACAAACAACUUAACAUAGCAGUGACAAAAAGUGGAGAUCUAGUUUAUACUGAUUUUGAUGAUAGAACUGUGAACAUUGUGAAGAAUGAGAAGAUAGAGGAGGUGAUCAGACUACAGAACUGGAGACCUAAAGGUGUCUGUAGUACCUCCUCUGGUGACCUCCUGGUUAGCAUGGACAGUGAUUACAAACAAACAAAAGUUGUCCGUUACUCUGGCUCCACAGAGAAACAAACCAUUCAGUUUGAUGAUAAAUUUAAACCUCUCUAUUCACCUAGUUUUCGUUUUCUAAGAAACAUUACUGAGAACAGGAAUCUGGAUAUCUGUGUGUCUGAUGAUACAGCUGGAGCAGUAGUGGUGGUCAAUCAGGCCGGGAAACUGAGAUUCAGGUACACUGGACAUACUCCUGCUCCAAAGAACAAACCAUUCUAUCCACGCGGAAUCACCACAGACAGUCAGAGUCACAUCCUUACAGCUGAUAAUAACAACAACUGUGUCCACAUCAUAGACCAAGAUGGACAGUUCCUCCGUUACAUAAACUGUGGACUGAUUGGACCCUAUGGACUGUGUACAGAUACAAAUGACAAUCUGUUUGUUGCUCAAUGGGGAAAUAAACAAGUGAAGAAAAUCAAAUAUCUGUAAUGAAAUCCAAUAUUGCAUAGAUUUAAAAUUAUACCAAACUUUUUUCUUUGCUCAGAUUUAUCAUUAUAUUAGUCCAUUAUGUGAACUUUUAUCUGUAAAUAUCUACACUGGUAGCAUAAUUGAGAAAAAAAAACAAGAAAAUCAUCUAUGAAAAAUAAUCAAGUGCUAGAUUAUACUCAAUCUCUG